GCGAUCGUCCAUGCCGCGACGCAUUUGGGUUCCCGGCUACGAUUUACUUCGUACCCUGCUAAUCCAGGAAUCCCACGGCAACCCUACCUCCGGGCAUUUCAGAGUUGACAAAACCAUGAACACGUUGCAGCGCAAUUAUUCCUGGCCGAACAUGGCCGACGACGUGCGCAAGUACGUGUCCUCCUGCACCGCUUGCCAGAUCAUGAAAUCCUCCCAUCAGCAAGCAGCCGGACUACUACAGCUGUUGGAUCUGCCCGAACGACCUUGGCAACACGUCACGAUGGACUACGUGACAGGACUGCCGGCCGGUCCCACCGGAAACGAUGCCAUCCUCAUGGUCAUCGACCGACUCACGAAAAUGGCACACUUUAUCGCCUGCCAACAGAAAAUUAGAGCUGAGCAAACUGUCCAACUUUUCAUCGCCAACUUCAUCCGACUACACGGACUGCCCACCGCCAUUAUUUCAGACCGAGACCCGGAAUUCACAUCGAAUUUCUGGCGCAACAUGUGGGACCAAUUCGGCACCAAACUACAGUUUUCCUCAGCCUACCACCCACAGACUGACGGGCAGACCGAACGGGUAAACCAAACUAUGGAGCAACUCAUUCGGACCACCUGCACUAACCCACAGACAUGGGAGAAAUCCCUUCCACUGCUGGAAUUCGCGCAUAAUAACGCGCCUUUAGUCACCACCCAUCAAUCCCAAUUUUUCCUCAAUUACAGACAGGACCCAGUGGUACUCGCUACACCAAACAUCGAGACACCCGUGCCCCGGUCCCAGAGAUUUGCCGAAGACAUCCUCGCAACCCAAGAGAAAGCAGCUGAGGCAAUCCGGAAAGCCAGCAUGGUCGCAAGCCAACAAGCCGAUUGUCAUCGACGUGACGUCACUAACAAAGUGGGAGAUCUCGUACUACUCGGCACUCGCAAUUUGCGUCUGCCGAUCCCAAGCAAACUCCGACCCAGAUUUUGUGGCCCCUUUCAAGUGACCAAUAUGGUGACACCUGUCACUGCCCACCCCCGACUCCCGACUGAUUCGCGUCACCACCCGGCUUUCCACAUCAACCUCCUACGGCCUUACGUUCCCACUCGUGCUUAGCCGGGUAUCUGACCCUCGUGCA